AUGAUUGCUGUUGAAGCUGAACAGUCGAUACCCAAAGAGGUUCCGAAAUCGGAUCCUGCACCAUCCCACCAAAGAACAUUGACGAGGUCAAGCGCUGUCAGUCAAAAGUCAGUAGAAAUAAUGGUCCAUCCAGAGGCUGCAAAUAAUCCUCUACAUAGGUCAAAACUUGCUCCGUCGCGGUCGACAUCUGAAACGCAAUCCUCUGGCAAGAAAAUACUCAAUUUAAGGAAAACAAAGAAUUCGUCCAUAGAAUCUACAAUGAGUUUGCCGAAUCAAAAGUCUUUAGAGAAGAAUCACGGCAGCCUUAGACAUCAGAAGACAAUCGGAGCGCAUUCCGACGUAACGUUAAGUACACAGCCUUCCAUUACAGACGACAGGAAGGCGGUGAGAGGUGUUUUAUAUCAGGGUAUAUUUCAUAGACACAGAAGAACAAUAUUUGCAAUGGGCUCAUUCAUUAGAAUGUUGAAAAGCAAAACCUCGAAUUACGACUCAAUAAGAUCCGACUCCGACGAGAUUUAGCACCAGUAGGACAUGAUAUUUUUAUAGUAACAUAUUGGUGCCACGGACUAUUUGUGCUUUGUUUAGUUGUAAAAACAAUGAAAAUGUUAUUAGAUAGUGUAGUGGAAAUAUUUGUUUUUGUAUAAACAUGUUCCUAAUUACUUAGUUGUGAACGGUUAUGCGAAAGCUCGCUUGUUGGCCGUGUAAUGUAUUAAGGUUAUUUAUACACAUUAGUGACGAGUAAUAGUUCCGAGGCGACAGUGUUAUUGUUUUCAUGUGUGAAGGUAACUAAUUGGUCUGUCUGUGACACGCCUUCUUUAAUUUCUCACGUAAUGUUUUUCGUUUAUUUGGUGUUAAACGUUGUUUUUAUUAUACACACGUUUUUCAUGUUGAAAAUGUUUAUAGUGAAC